UGCCAAUGGACCGGGAGACCGGGAGAGGCUGACCACCAGUGACAGGCAGGGACCCCAGCUGAACCACCGUCUCCAGGAACCGGAAGUCUGGGCUGUCCCCAUGGCAGCCUUCCUCUCUGCUAGCCUUGGGGUAUUUGCCCCCUCAGAGACCUACACACUGCCCGUGACCAGCUCCAGCUGGGAGCCCCAGCCAGACUCCAUGAUACCAUCAGGCCCUUCCACUGGUUCCACAGGGGCCCCAGCAGUGGCCGAGGCCACCGAGCAGGGCCCCAAGAACCCCCGCGUGUCCAGCGUGACGGUUCAGCUAGAGAUGAAGGCUCUGUGGGAAGAGUUCAACCAGCUGGGCACAGAGAUGAUCGUCACCAAGGCGGGCAGGAGGAUGUUCCCCACCUUCCAGGUGAAGAUCCUGGGCAUGGACACGCUGGCUGACUACGCCCUGCUCAUGGAUUUCGUGCCUUUGGAUGACAAGAGAUACAGGUACGCCUUCCACAGCUCUGCCUGGCUGGUGGCGGGCAAGGCGGACCCGGCCACACCCGGCCGUGUGCACUUCCACCCUGACUCGCCGGCCAAGGGCGCGCAGUGGAUGCGUCAGAUCGUGUCCUUCGACAAGCUCAAGCUGACCAACAACCUGCUGGAUGACAAUGGCCAUAUCAUCCUCAAUUCCAUGCACCGCUACCAGCCGCGCUUCCACGUGGUUUUUGUGGACCCACGCAAAGACAGCGAGCGCUAUGCCCAGGAGAACUUCAAGUCCUUCGUCUUCGCGGAGACCCAGUUCAUGGCCGUCACAGCGUAUCAGAACCACCGGAUCACCCAGCUGAAAAUUGCCAGCAACCCAUUUGCCAAGGGCUUUCGGGAGAGUGACCCAGACUCCUGGCCUAUAUCUCCACGGCCCCUGCUCAGCGUCCCAACCCGGAGUCGCAGCAGCCUCAGCCCCUGUCUGCUGAAAGGCUCCGAUGAGCACGAGAAAGACCCCAACAAAGCCUUCACCUCCAGGACCCCCGCCAGGCUCCACCAUCAGCUGCUGGCCCCCACUGAGGCUCUGCUGGCCCCAGCCACCUACCCGCCCCUCACCUACCAGGGCCUGUACCCUGGAGCCUCAAGCCCCGUCCGACCAAGGGCCCGACCGACACCAUACCCCCUCCCCAAUAUCCAGGCCGAUAGGGGCCAGGGGGGCCUGCCCCUCCCAGCGGGGCUGGGGCUCCUCUCCCCCACUGCAAUGUGCCUGGGGCCUGGCCAGGACCCGCAGUGACAGUGGGGACCGUGUGGACAGAGUCCUCUCAUCCUGGAGCCCACUCUCUUCAGCCUUACCUCUGCAGAGACCACCACCCCUCCCUUGACCAGGAGAACAGAGCAGGUGGAAGCCCAGAGAGGAAAGCGACCUGCCCAGAGUUACCAGACUGGGAUGGUGCCAGGCUUGGAACUGGACC